GUAGGCAUGUAUAAUAAGACUUGAACCAGAUUAUUUGUUCAGAUAAUAACUGAAUAAACUUACCUCCAUACUGACUGAUUUAUAAUUUGUUACAAAAGUUGUUACAAUAAAUUGGCAAACGACAGUGAUAACGAUUUGUUUCAGAAAAAUUAAUGCAACUAUGCUCUCGUACUUAUGUUUUGGAUGUUUUCUUGUAUCGGCAUCUUUAGAAAUUGCUUGCGGAACACCUAUUAAAGAAACUAGCAAAGCAGACGCUGGAGGAGGCGCUGGAAUAGCAAUUUUAGGAGUAUUAGCAAAAGUCGGCGUAGAAGCUGCGUUACAGCAAAUUGAUAAUAUUUGGAAAGGAGAUGUAGUGAGGUAUUGGAAAUGCGCUGUAGAAAACAGAUCCGAUAAAACACUUUAUGCUUACGGAACAACUACGGAAUCGGGAAGUAUGGGUACAGUUUUUGCCGAUAUUCCCCCUGGAAGCACAGGAAUUUUUGUGUGGGAAAAAUCUAGAGGAGCUGCAACUGGAGCAAGUGGUGUAGUUCAUUAUCGUUAUGGAGACAAGAUACUUAAUUUAAUGGCAUCCAUUCCAUAUGAUUGGAACUUGUAUCAAUCUUGGGCUAAUGCACGAGUUUCGAAUGAAAAGGAAAGCUUUUACAACUUGUAUAACGGGUUAAAUGGUGCGAAACCUGCUACAAGAGGAGGAAACUGGGGCGACGUUGAUGGUGCAAAAUUUUUUCUUACUGAAAAAAGUCACGCAGAGUUUAAAGUUAUUUUUUCUGGUUAACCAAAUGUUGUCAAAAAAAUUGUUCUUUUUCUGUAAAAGAACUAUUUAUUUAAAAAAACAAACAUUUUUUGUAUACUCGAUUUAUUAUUUUUUACGUGUAGGGAUUAUUUGACGCUUAGAGGUCUGUAAACCACUUUAAAAUAUGAAAAAUAAUUCAAAAAUAAUUAAACAAUUUAUUAGAAA